AUGUCCUGGGAGGAGGCUCUGGAGUACUGCAGAGAGCACCACAAAGACUUCAGCAGCGUGGACUCUGAGACCGAGAACCUUCUGGCCCUGAGCGAGAUCCAGACCCAGGGCGUUGACCUGGUGUGGAUCGGCCUGCGCUACCUGAUGGACCGCUGGCUGUGGGUGAACGGGCACCCUCUGGAGUAUGAGGCCUGGACCAUCGGAGGAGGUCAGGACCAGGAGUGUCCAAUAUGGAAACGCUGUGGAGCUUUAACCAACGAGGGGCUGUGGGAGAGCUGGGACUGCCAGGAGAAACUCAACUUCAUCUGCUAUUAA